GCCCUCGAAACAUAACUCGAAAAUCGAAAAUCGGACGAUCGCGCCUCGCUGAUCGACUCUGUCCCUGCGAUAUGCGUUGUGCGGGAUGGUAGAAAAUCUUGAAUCAAAUUUUAAGGAAACCGAUCCGCUCUAUGAUGAACGACCUGCUCCGUGAAUUGGAGUCGAUGAAGAUAACUGGCAACACAUUAAACGACGAUUUAUUGAGAAGUUGCGUUCAGCUGACCGAGGGCACGUUGGUACCGUGCAAAAAAAUUGGAAAUGAACGACCCUGCGAAGAAAAGGAUUACAGUGAGUACAGGCAGAUCGUAAACAGAAAUUUGCGGAUUGUGGAGGCUACGUUUCGUCACGUAGCAACGACUUUUGGGGAGCAAAACGUCAGGGAAACUGCAUCGCGGAGUCACCCCCUUCGCACUUACCUGAUAAACUUGAUUAUCAUCAUCGGCGAACAGAGCGAGAAGAACGUGUGGAACACCGCAGAGUCGGUGUCCAUAGUCAGCUCCAUUCAAUCUUACCUCUGCGAUCUCUGCAAGUGUCGAUCCAUGUCCGAGCUGUUAGUCGGAAAGGGAGGCGAGGGAUCUAGUGUGGAUGGCAGUGGCGUAAUUGAGGCAGUGCUCCUCGUUCUUAGGCCAAAGCUCUUCAAGGAUACUUGGAAGAAUUAUCCUGCGGCUGUAAUUUGCUACAAGUGGAUAUUAUGGCAAGUAGAGGAACCUAAUCUUGUCCGUCACAUGAACAGUAUAAUACCAACCGCGCUGAUAAUCUUGGAUGAUUACGUUGUUGAAAAUAGACUGACUGGAAUAAAAUGUAUUGGGAAGAUUUUACAACACGCACAAAUGAGGAAAGAGCUUGUGGAUACUGGAUACGCAGAGGUGAUAUACGAUGCCUUGAAGAGGUUGUUAAUUAUUCGAGAAGUGGCAUAUAUUAUCCCGUUGUACUCUUGCAUAAGGAGCCUUUUGUCAACAUUGGAAUACUACAACAACACAGAAUCUCUACAACAAAAAACUUGCCCCUUACAGUGGACUAUACGAGAUGACGUCAUCUUGUCGUUACUGAGUAGUAUGGAGUUCGAACAAGAUGCCCAUUUGCGACAUGCUUACAUGUCCAGCUUGCCAGGACUCUUGACCAAUAUCGGGUGUGCCAAGUGGUGCGAAAGAUUAACGAGGAUUUUGUCAGAGUACUGUGAGCACCAUACAGAUCUCAAAACUCUGAAAGUCACAAUGGAAGCCGCAAAAACGUUUCUCGUCAUCUUUCAACCGAGGAUACCGACCCAUUGCGUACCUUUAUACGCGGCCUUCCUGAAACUACACAUGGAUCUAAUCGAGACACCAGUUUUUGACAAAGAGAUUGUACAGAAUUUAGAAGAUUGCAUUGGCUUACUGUAUAAAUCGACGCCGUCUAUAGGUAAAAAAAUUAUCAACGACGAUCGUAUGAAAUCAGUUAUUAAUCAACAGCUUCAGUUCAGAAUACUAAAUGAUUGCACUUAUUUUGAAUGAGUUAGGCAACUAACUUCAGAAUCAAAGUUUAAAUAUACUAAGAGGGAAGAACACCAACAAACUCCGUAUGAACUGAAGGCUCCUAAGAAGAACAAAAAUACUAUUUAAUAUGUAUAUGUUGUGUAUUAUUUGUUACCUUAUAUCAUGAGCUGUACUCCAACCGUCGCUUAUGAGCAUCCAAUAUUUAUAAUGUGCAAAUGUAAAAUAUCGAAUUUACAUGAAUAAUUGUUGUAUAAGACGUGCAUAUAUAUUCCUCACAGUUAAUUGUUAACAACAAAUUUACCAAUAUAAAUAAACAUGUGUAAUGCUACACUCCUGCGAGUAGAUACAAUAUAUUAUUACUUCCCACUUUUUCCUGCGUAAAAUAGAAGAAACUCAGUGUUAUGAUACCGCGUGUCUAAUGGUAGAAGGAACUAUGCGCCACUAUACGACCUUUUAUCAGGUGUAAUGUUAAAAAGGCGUAUUUUUGACCUUUGCGUUUGCGUGAAAAACUUGAGGAUGCAUUCAAAUACGUUGAAAUAAUCAAAAAUGGAUCAAUUAACGGUAAAAGGUCGUAAGUACUGUCGGUUAUGUUGUAUCAUCGCGAACUCUAUGAAAAAUAUCACGUCCCCUAAUAGUGUAAAGUCGCAUGUGCCCACAUACGACCUUAUAUCACUGCGUUUGAUAUUAUUUUUUGAGAGAAUAAAAAAGUUG